AUGGAAAGGGCGGGGAGGCGGUGGCUAGCACUCACGCAGCCACUGGGCCGGUCAGACGCCGCGAGUCCGGGGCCACCGAGGACGCCUGGGCUCGUUGUCCGCUCCGGUGUCCACGGCGCACCUGGCCCCGGAGCCGCGCCAGCUCCAGCCUCUGCCGCCGCCGGACCUCCGGGCCCCAGCGCACGGGGCUCGGGAGGGCCGGCCACCCGCUGCACCCGCGCCUUCGGGGACGGUAGCCGGAGCGCCCGGCCUGCGAGGGAGAGCGGAGGCCGCAGGUAA